GGACAUUGACCAACCUUCCCAACAACUGUACCUUCAUGAUGAAGAAUUUGAUUCUAUUCCUUCUCUUUGUUCUUUCUGGGCUUUCAUGGAGUCAACAAGUUAAUUAUGAACCCAGUUUCCAAGUGGGCAAGAAGUAUAUAUACAACUAUGAAAGCAUGCUUUUAAGUGGACUGCCUGAAAGGGGACUGGGAAGAGCUGGGAUAAGUCUGAGGGGCAAAGUUGAAAUCAGUAGCACAAAACUCAAGUUCCCAUUUAUGAAGAUGAACUCAGUUGCUGUGGCUGACUAUAAUGGCAAAUGGCCAACAGAUAUAUUUGUUGACUCACCAAGCCUCACACAGGUUCUGAAAUCCCAGCUUGCCCAACCAAUCAAGUUCCAAUACAAUGGGGGUCAUGUUGGAGAUAUUUACGCUCCAGAAUCAGUGUCAGAGAAUGCUCUGAAUAUCUAUAAAGGUAUCCUGAACAUGUUGGAACUGACCAUUGAAAAGGCACAAAACACCUACAAUUUGCCAGAGAUCAGCAUCAGCGGCCGCUGUAACACAACGUACGUUAUUAAAGAAGACAAAAAAGACAGCUUGGUCUAUAUCACUAAGUCAAAGGACUUGAACGACUGUACGGAAAGUGUCAGGAUGAAUGCCGGCUUCGCUUACGCCGUCAAAUGCAGGGAAUGCAAACCGCCCAACAGAAACUCCCGAUCCACCUCCACUUCUACUUACAAGAUAAAAACUUCAAAGGGGAAGCCCUUGAUUAUUUAUGCUGAGGUGCAGGAAAUACAUCAAUUCACCCCUUUUAAUGAGCUGACUGGAGGAGAAGCAGUGACUCAAGUAUGGCAGAAACUAGAACUACUCUAUAUAGAGAAUGCAUCCUCAGAAAACCAAGAGACCAGAUUUCAGAAUCGAGGGAACCUUUUCUACCGUUUCGACAGCGAAUUGUUUCAAAUGCCUGUUCACCUGUUCAAAAUCCAAAAUAUAGAGGCUCAGAUAGCAGAUGUAAUGGAGUAUUUGGUCAUCCACAUGGAUCACUUGAUUCCUGGUGAAAUGCCCUCAAAAUUCCUUCAACUGGUCCAGCUCUUCCGAAUGGCUGAUAUCAACACCAUAGAGUCAGUGUGGGAAAAGUAUGCUGACCGAACAUUUUACAGGAGUUUGUUUUUAGAUAUAAUCCCUGCUGUGGCCAGUAUAGAGGCCAUAAGGUUUCUAAGGCUUAAAAUUAACCAGCAAGAACUCAGUGAAUGGGAGACUUUUCAGGCUGUGCUUGUGAGUCUGCAUUUCUGUACAGCAACCCAGGAAGCCAUUAAUGAAGCUAAGUUGAUACUGAAAAAUACCCAAUCACACCCAUGGUAUACUCUCCGCAUCACUGGGUUUCUCGCCUAUGGGUCAUUGGUGUAUAAGCAUUGUGCUGUGUCAGUGAACUGCUCAGAGUCAUCUCUCCAGCCUCUUCAUCAUUUGUUAGCUGAGGCAGCACAGAAAGGUGAUGAAGAGGACAUGAUUCUGGCCCUGAAGUCCAUAGGGAAUGCAGGACACCCAGCCAGUCUAAAGCAGAUCAAGAAAUUCCUACCUGGGUAUUCAUCUGGUGCUUCUGAUCUUCCCAUCAGAAUUCUGAUUGCAGCUGCUCUGUCCCUGAGAAACAUAGGCAAGAGGAACCCCAAAGAGGUUCAAAGAAUUGCCAUUUAUGCCUUCCUCAAACCCAACGUUCCUCCCCAAGUUCGAAUUGUUCUUUCUCUGGUUAUAUUUGAAACAAUCCCAGGAGUCCCAGUAUUGGCAACCAUGGCCAAUGCCAUGCAUAAGGAACGCAGCUUGCAAGUGGCUAGCUUUGUCUACUCCCAGAUGAAGGCUUUGGGGAGAAGCUCAGAUCCUGAACAUCGGUCCUUGGCUUUGGCCUGUAGACUUGCCCUUAGAAUUCUGAGGCCCACACCCUACAAAACCAACUUUAACUUUAAACUCAGCAGAAGCUAUUACUGGGACAACUUCUCAGAACUGCUAAUGGCAGGAUUUGCCUUGAAAUACUAUUCUUUAAAUAAGGCAGGCAGUACAAUCCCACCUGAGAUUAUUAUUGCACUAAAAGCAAACUUCCUUGGGAACACUGCAGAUAUCUUGGAGUUUGAAAUGCACACCCAAGAAAUGUUGGCUACGAUUCUGAAAAAAAAUCUAUCCAGAAGUGAUUCAUAUAUGGUGGAGGAUAUCAAGAAUUUCAUAAAGAUGCUUCCAGACUGGAAGGCGAUCCCUUCUGAUAAAUCACCUAUUUCCCUGUAUUUGAAGUUAUUUGGACAAGAGAUUUUUUGGUAUGAAUUUGAUAAACGAGAAAUCUGGAUGGCAAUUCAGGCAUUUGGGCAACCUGAGGGAAGACUCCAGAUAAUCAAAAAGAUCCUUGACACUCUUCAAAAUGGCUACAAUAAUCGUUGGGUAAAACCACUCCUCUUCUCAGAAAUCCGUACCAUCAUGCCAACCUCCUUUGGGCUGCCCAUAGAAAGAAGCUUCUAUUACAUAUCUGUGACAAGCCUGGAUGGAAAUGUUCAAUCUCAGAUCUCGCCUGUGCCAUCUGCCAAUUUUAGAUUAGUGGACUUAUUCAAUAUGAACAUUGAAACAUACCUAAAAGCAAACCUAAGCACCGAAAAACAUAUUAUUGCUGUCAUGGGAGUUAACACACAUCUUUUACAAGCUGUAAUUGAAGUUUAUGCAAGAAUACAAGCAGAUAUCCCUUUGGAUAUGAUUUCUUUGCUUAAUUUUAAGGCACAAUCUUUCAAAUUUGUAUUUCCACCAUUUAUUCAAGACACUGAAAUUGCCUACAUAAGUUCUGAAACAAAUGCAGUUACCAGAAAUAUUGAAGCGCCAUCCCCUGCUAAAAUGACUCCAGUCAUCGGGUUUCAUCUUCGUGACUCCUACCAAGAUCCAUUCAAUUCCACGUCAGCAUCCAAAGUCCAGCGGAUAAAAGGGGAGACACCAUCUUUAAAUAUUUCUGAAGGAGAUUCAAGCAGAGAUGUCAUCUCUGUUUUUCAAACGGUGUGUUAUGAUGUGAGCAUCUUAGGCUUGAAGCUUUGCUUUAUGUAUAUGAGCAUCUCGGCUGCACAUAUUAAGCCUGUUCCCCUCUACCAUAUCAUCGGGAAGCAUGUUAUUAUAGUGAAUGCUUGGCCAGAACUAGCAAUGGAGAAAGUCCAAGUGGCCAUUCAGAUAGGUCCUGAGGCUCCAGCAAAGAUGGUGCGGUUAGUGCAUUUUGAAGCAGAGAACUCAUCCGAAGAAGAAAGAGGCACAUUUAAAGGACUGGAAGAAAUGGACGAGCCCACUUUCCUUGGAGACACUUUACCCCCAACAGUAACAGUGAUAGUCCAAGCAAUUCGGACUGACAACAAGGAGCAGGGUUUUCAAGUCACAGGCUAUGUUCAUUCUAACAGCAGCAAAGUCAACAUGCAACUAGUGGGGGUUCCCCUGACCAACGAGAAGUGGAAAAUCUGUGUUGAUGCAACUGUGUUACCCCUAAAAACCAAGGGCAGGCUGAGAUGGGGCACGAAUUGUAAGGAUUACAACAUAGAAGCUCAGGCUGCUGUGGGCCAGAUAACAAAGAAACCAGCCAUGCAGGUGAAGAUCAACUGGGGAAGACUUCCAUUUUUUCUUGAGACAGUAUUCAAAAAGACUUUAAAAUAUGUCUCAGACAUAGCAUGGGCAUCUGGCUUUUCUGAAACACAGGGGGGAAAAUCAUCUCACCAAGCCGUAUUUCAGGCAGUGGCUACAUCUUCCCAGACAAUCCACACAGUUAUUAAAAUUCCAGAGGUUAACCUUUAUUACUCAACAUUUCUGGUUCCAUUUGCUUUGCCUAUAGAAUCAUCACCUGUGUUUAAUACUAGUACCCUGACGGUUUGGAACUUCCUUUCAGAAAUAGCUUUCCGUAUAAAGAAAGAGGAUGAAGCCCAGUGUGAAGUCAGUGAAAAUGCCUGGAAAACAUUUGAUGGUGUGGAGUUCAAGUGUUCCCAUCCUCACAAUCACAAGCUUGUUGUGGCCAAGGAUUGCCAUGUGGCCCCCAAAUUUGUGAUUCUCACACAGAAAGAAUUGAUCAAUGCCACAAGAGAGGUUUUCCUGUUUUUGGGGAAAAGGAGAAUAGCAAUCUAUCCAUCUGCAUCAUCAAAUCUUUAUGUAAUUUUGGAUGGCACCCCACUAUUAACAAAUGAAGCUAUAUAUGAAGAGAAAGAAGAUUACAUAAAUAUUUACCAACAAAAUGGGAGCAUUACUAUAUUAGCAUCUGAAUUUGGAUUAGAAGAAUUAGUUUAUGAUGGCAAAAUACUUAAGAUUACCAUCUCUUCUUGGAUGAGAGGGAAGACUUGCGGAAUUUGUGGAAAAGCAAAUUGGGAGACUCAAGACGAACUGGAAAUGCCCAAUCAGAAGCAGGCUCAUGACUGCACAGCUUUUUUUCAUGCAUGGUUGUUGGUAAAAGAAAACUGUGACAAAGGUUAG